CGUCCCCCUCCGUCCCUGCCGCCCGGGCAGCGGCGUGGCGGCGGGGCUCGAUGCGGCGGCCAUGGGGCGCGGGCCCCCCCUCGGACCGCGCCUGCUGCUGCGGGCGGCCUUGCUGCUGGCCCUCUGCUCCCCCGCCGCCGGCGGCACCUGGAUGUGGCUGGGCAUCGCCGCCGCCGGCGGGCCGGAGAAGCCGGGCUGCGCCAGCCCGCCGCUAAGCCGCCGGCAGCAGGACCUGUGCAAGCAGAAGCCGGAGCUGGUGCCCGCCAUCCGGGAGGGAGCUCGCCUGGGCCUCCAGGAGUGCCGCAGCCAGUUCCGACACGAGCGCUGGGACUGCCGCCCGCCGCCCGCCGCCCGCCGCGGACCCGCCGCCGCCGCCGCCCCCGCCUCCCCCGCCGCCGCCGCCUUCGGGCACCAGCUCAGCAGCGGCACGAAGGAGACCGCGUUCAUAUACGCAGUGACGUCGGCAGGCCUCGUGCAUUCGGUGACGCGAUCGUGCAGCGCAGGAAACAUGACCGAGUGUUCCUGCGACAUGAACCUGCGGCAUGGCGGCUCGGCCAGCGAGGGCUGGCACUGGGGCGGCUGCUCUGACGACAUCCACUAUGGAAUGUCGUUCAGCAGAAGGUUCCUGGAUGUGCCCGUUAAGAACGUAACGGGCAAGAGCGGGAGCGGACUGGCGGCGAUGAACCUGCACAACAACGAGGCUGGGAGGCAGGCUGUAGCAAAGCUGAUGUCAGUGGAUUGCCGUUGUCACGGUGUUUCUGGGUCCUGUGCUGUGAAAACUUGCUGGAAAACAAUGUCCUCCUUUGAAAAGAUUGGCCGGUUUCUAAAAGAUAAGUAUGAAAACAGCAUACAAAUAUCAGACAGACUGAAAAAAAAGCUACGCAGGAAAGAAAAAAGCCAGCGAAAAAUACCAAUCAGGAAAGAAGACCUGCUGUAUGUGAACAAAUCGCCCAAUUACUGUGUCGAAGACCAAAAAUUGGGGAUCCCUGGGACUCAGGGAAGGGAAUGUAACCGCACCUCGGACGGACCCGACGGCUGCAACCUCCUCUGCUGUGGGCGCGGGUACAACACCCAUGUUGUCAGGCACGUGGAAAGGUGUGAAUGCAAGUUUGUCUGGUGCUGCUACGUGCGCUGCCGGAGGUGCGAGACCAUGACCGACGUACACACCUGCAAAUAAGAUGAAGUACAGAAAACGACGGCCAAACCAUCCUGCACUGUUUGGUACACACAACUGCCGCGCAGGCAGCAAUUACUCUUGUCAUGUGGGAUUUGCAGGGGGAUCAGCCUCGGGAAGGGGUAUUGCCAGACACCGGGUAGUCCAAGCAUUUGGCGAAUGAAAGAGCAACCGAAUGAAUAGCAGCCUGCACACAGGGACAGCUAAAACAGCAAAAAAGGACUCCUAAGGACACAUUUGAACAUGUAACUCUAUGAGCAGGGACAGACACUAAACUUUCCCAGUCUUUAAUAGCCACAACGUCCUGACGAUCCACGUGGUCGGUAGGUACAGUGGAGAAAACUCAAGAUCUCGUUAGCCAGAGACUGAAUGGACUAGAUGGAUCCACUAGGUGGUUCAUUUCUGCAGGCUUUAGGGAAAAAAACCCAAAGAUAAGGGAAAUGUCGUGCUGUUGACCAUGAAGCAUUUGCUUUGCAACCGUUCAGAAAGCUGUCUUCUGCAUAAUAUGCAGAAAAGCAUCUGGUACUGAGAAACAGGCGUGACUGCAGAGAGCUGGGCACUGCCUGGGUGGAAGGGGAAGGUCCAUUGGCGUGGAGCAAGCUGUGUCCAGAGUAGAGGGGCUGGAGGACAGCUUGAUGGACAUGAACGGUCUACCAAAUAGCAACCUUGGGACUUUUAUAGGUUGUCUUUCAAAUGCAGAAAGGACAGGUCUGAGGUGGGACAGAAAUAUAGUUUGGUAUUUGAAGGAAAUAAAAUCCUUCACAGACAUUUCCUCAGUAUCUGAACACACAAUUUGCGAGUCAGCCGGUCAUCACCCCACUGUUGGACUGUAUGCAAUAACCUGCCAUGUUCAACCAUCUCGCUGGUGGUUCACCAUCAUUUUCACAAUUAACCAUACGAGAUACAGCCCGAAGAAAUGUGUCAUAAAGUGAAAGAUUUUUUUAAAACAUUGUUUUCUCUUACAGAAGCAGCACCUAGAACUUUUCAUUAGGUUGCAUCCUAAGUAAGUUCAAUGCACAAUGUAAUUUAUGGAUUGGCUUACACCACUAAAAUAUUUAAUAUUUUGUUAUUGAUAACAUUUUCUCCCCCUCCAUAUGUUGGCUUAAUUUUAUUUUACAUCUGUGAAAGUUUGUUUAUUUUUAUGCAAUGAUUUAAUGCCUGGCUUAAAAAGCAUCAUGUGAAAGGAUUUCUGUUGUUUAAAUGUGCAAAGACCUAUUUUUGAUAAGACAAGAAAGUUUAUAUUUUGUAAAUAUUUAAAUUAUGCAAGUUAUGUAAAAGGUUUCCGAAACUAAUGUGAUAAGAUUACAUACAGCCUUUGACAUCUGUUGGUUAGAUAUUUGUUACUAUUGUAGUAGCCUUUAAUAGAUUAUUUGCAUGUGCAGGGGGAAAUUAGUCAGAGAAUUACAUAAAUGUUCUUUUUUUUACCAUCA